UUGAGUGAAAGUUGCAAAAGUAAAGAAACUAAAGGAAAUUUUUAAUAAAACAAAAAUGUUUUUAACCGAAAUUUUAAUUAUAUUGGCCACAAUCGUAGGCCUUUUAACAAUGUGGCUUAAACAUCAUUACAACUAUUGGCAGCGUCAUAAGAUACCCUAUAUUAAAGCUCAUCCAAUUUUUGGCAAUUUUAAGGAUAUUGUCUUGUGGAAAAAAGAUCCCUGUGCCCAUUUCCAAAGUCUAUAUGAUGAGGAGGGUGUAGUGGGUGGUAAACCUAAGGAUAAUCCAGUUAUUGGUUUACAUGUUUUCAAUAAGCCUUGCUUGUUGAUACGUGAUUUGGAAUUGGUGAAAAAUGUUUUAAUUAAAGAUUUCAAUCAAUUCUCUAAUCGUUAUUCAUAUUCGGAUCCUCAUUCGGAUGCGGUGGGUGCUAAUACAUUGUUCUUUGCCAAGAAUCCCAAAUGGAAGAAUAUACGUUCAAAAUUGACUCCAGUAUUUGCUAGUGGUAAAAUUAAGCAAAUGUUUCCCUUAGUGGAAGAGAUUGGCCGUGAAUUGGACAAAUAUCUUUGCAACUUAACCGAAAAGACCCCCAAUAAUAAUGUGCACGAAGUCAAGGAUAUUAACGCUCUCUACACCACCGAUGUCAUUGCCACCGUAGCCUAUGGUGUCCAGGCUAAUAGUUUAAUUAAUCCUGAUGGUGAUUUUCGUAUUAAUGGCAAACGCAUAUUCGAUUUUAACAAACGUCGCUCUUUGGAAUUCUCCUGCAUGUUCUUCUUGCCCAAAUUGGUAAAGUUAUUGAAAUUUAAAUUCUUCUCCCCCGAGACAACUACCUUCUUGCGUAAAACCAUUAAAUAUGUUAUGGAUGAACGUGCCAAGACCGGUUUAAAACGUAAUGAUCUUAUCGAUAUUUUGGUUAAAUUCCGUAAAGAUGCUGAAACCGAUAAAACCCAUUUUGCCAAUGAAUUGGAUUCGGUUAUUGCUCAGGCUGCUAUUUUCUUUUCGGCCGGUUUUGAGACCUCCUCCGCCACCAUGUCAUUUACUUUAUAUGAAUUGGCCAAACAUCAAGAUGUUCAACAGCGUGUUAGAGAAGAGAUUCGUGAAGCCUUGCAAAACAGUGAAAACGGCGAGCUUUCCUAUGAGCAAUUAAAUGACUUGAAAUAUUUAAAUAAUGUCAUAUUGGAAGUAUUGCGUUUUUAUCCUCCUUUACCCUUCUUGGAUAGAGAAUGUACUGCCGAUAAGGGUUAUUCGUUACAGCCACAUGUUGACUUUACCAUACCAAAAGGCAUGCCGGUAUAUAUAGCUGCCAAUGCCUUACAAAGAGAUCCUAGGUUCUUUACUGAACCUGAAAAAUUCGAACCUGAUCGUUUUAACGCCGAAAAUAAAUUGUACAACAAUUUGGGUGCCUAUAUGCCUUUCGGUGUGGGACCUCACAAUUGCAUUGGUGAACGUUUUGGCAUGAUUCAGACUAAAGUUGGUUUGUUUAACUUUUUGCGCAAUCACUAUGUAACUGUUUGCGAUAAAACCUCACCUCAAAUGAACUUGAGUCCCUAUGCCUUGAUUAUACAAUCGGCUGAUGGUAUUUACCUGAAUUUGGUUAGAGAUCCUUUAAUGAAACCUAUAACUGAGGAGGAGGUUUCGAAACCGGCCAAUAAAAAAAUCGCCACUUGUGAGGCAAUGUGGUCGUUAAGUGAUUUAAAGAUUUUUGCUAUAUUUAUUUUAAUUUUUUUCCUCACUUUAUAUUUCUACUUAAAAUAUCGCUAUACCUAUUGGACACGCUAUGGAAUAACACAAAUACCACCCACUAUGUUAGUGGGUAAUCUGGGGCCUUUACUGCGUUUAUCGAAAUGUUCAGCUCAGGUUAUAAAAGAUAUUUAUCACCAUCCAGAGGUUAAGGAUAAGCCUAUUGUGGGCAUAUAUUUAUUUCAUACACCGGCUCUAUUGAUUCGUGAUCCUGAGCUGAUAAAACGUAUUUUAAUAAGAGAUUUCAAUAAAUUCUGUAAUCGUUACUCGAACUCUGAUGUCUUGGGUGAUCCUUUGGGUUCACAGAAUUUAUUCUUUUUGAAAAAUCCCGCUUGGAAGGAGAUACGUUUUAAGUUGACGCCGUUUUUUACCAGUGGCAAAUUGAAGCAAAUGUUUCCACUGGUCGAGGAGGUCGGUCGAAAUCUCAACAAUUACCUCCUACAGAUGCCUUUCACCAACAACAAACAAAAUUCUUUUGAAUUAGAACUUAAGGAAUUCUGUGCCCUCUAUACUACCGAUGUGAUAGCCUCAGUGGCUUUUGGCGUCGAAGCCAAUUCAUUUAAAUCUACGAAUGGUGAUUUUCGUCGCAAUGGUCGAGAAAUAUUUCACUUUAAUCCUCGGCGUGCCAUUAAUUUUAGUGUGGUUUUCUUUUUACCACAUCUAGUACCGUAUCUGGGUAUUAAAGUGGUACCCGAUGAACAAACUGAAUUUUUACGUACGACCAUGAAUUAUGUUCUAAACGAAAGAGAAAAAUCUGGAAAGACCCGCAAUGAUUUAAUCGAUAUUUUAAUAGAAUUUAAAAAUUCUACAAAAUCGGAGUCAAAUAAAAAUGGUCAUAUAAAAUUCGAAGGUGAUUUAUUGGUGGCUCAGGCGGCUAUAUUUUUUACAGCCGGUUUUGAAUCCUCAUCGGCCACCAUGUCGUUUGCUUUAUAUGAAUUGGCUCGAAAUCCCCAAGUUCAAGAGAAACUAAGGCGAGAGAUAGAAGAAGCUUUACAAAAGACCGAUGGUAGAAUAACACAAACAUUGGUGGACGCUAUGGAAUAUUUACAAAUGAUUAUAUCGGAAACUUUAAGAUUUUAUCCACCUUUGCCAUUUUUGGAUAGAGAAUGUUCAGUGGAACCGGGACAGCUUUAUUCUCUUAAGCCUUUUCAUGACUACAGCAUGCCCAGCGGUAUGCCUGCCUAUAUACCGGUUUACGCUUUACACAUGGAUCCUCAGUAUUUCCCCCAACCUUUGGAAUUUAAACCGGAACGUUUCUCAACCGAUAACCGUAAAAACAUAACACCUUACACAUAUAUGCCUUUCGGUUUGGGACCUCACGCCUGCAUUGGAGAACGUUUUGCCUAUUUACAAACUAAAAUUGGGUUAAUAGAAUUUCUGCGCAAUCAUCGUGUUUCGUUAAGUGCAAAAACUUCUCCUCAACCCAAACUUGAUCCAAAAGCUUUGAUUUUACAAUCUGAAGGUGGUAUUCACCUGAAUGUUAUUCGAGAUCCUUUAUGUUAUUAGAUGUUUAAAUAAUCCUUUUAAGGUGUUAAAUAUUUUAUUAAACGAUUCACACUAUUUUAGUUUUAUUCUUAUACUUUACAACUUAAGCGUUUUAAGUUUACUAAUCUUAAUAGUAUCUGAACUAAACUUUAAGUAAAAAGAGAGUAAAUAGUAUUUAUGAUUUAUAUCUUAAUUGCGUGUCUGUCGCAAUUCAAUAGAAUUGUCGCUGCUUACCUUGUAAUUAAGAGAAGCACGCACGAUUACAUUAGAUUAAAGUACCGUGAAAGUAUUUACGGUUAUUUCUUAUAAGUAGUUAAUAUCAAAGGGAG